AUGGAUAGGUUAGUAAAAUCAGAGGUAAAAGAACUGGAACUUCACUUUCAGAAAAACCAAAAGUGCAGUUCCACUUUCAAGCUCACAAAUCUCAUGCACACCAUGACUGUUGCAGUAUCUCUAACAACAACAAACCCAUCAACUUUUUCUUUCAACAAACCAUUAUCAGUAAUUCCGCCACUCAGUUCUGCAUCAUACAUACUUCAUCUCUCAAAUCUGAGUCAACCACCACUCUCCGAUUCCGCUGACGUCAUCACCGUUAAAACUUCCAUGCUUCCAACCGGUAAGGCCAACACGGAGGACCUCCGCCGUCUGUUUAAUAAACCCGGUCCCCACGUUUUCCGCGAUGCGGUUAUAACCGUCACCUUAGUGGGACCCAGCGUGGCUGAGUUUAUCAUCUCAAACUAUGAUUCAGUAGCUAAAACUCGUAGCCUCUUUGCGAAAGGUAUAUCCGUUUGCUCGAAAUCAGAUCUCACGAGUUUGCUGAAACCUGCGGUUGAAAGCGGGAACGUCGACUACGUUGCGGAUCUUAUCGCCGCCGGUGGAGAUGCGUGUUUUGGAGAUUUGAAAGGUCAGUCGCUUAUUCCGUUGGCAAUCAGAACCGGGAAACUCGAUGUUCUGAAGCUUCUAGUAGCCUCCGGUUGCAGAAUCAACGAUUCAGUGGAUUUUGUUUUGCAUGAAGCUGCAGUUUUGGAUCGAAUCGAUGUUGUGAAGUUUUUGUUUGAUUACUUCAGUGACGAACUGGAUGUGAAUUUGGUGAACUCCGAAUUGAAGACGCCGAUUCAUAUGGCGGCGAUGGAAGGUCACGUGAGCGUGAUUGAGUUUUUCGUUUCGGUUGGAGGAAACCCUAACGCCGUGGAUUCUCAAAAGUGGACCCCACUUCAUCACGCGGCGUCGAGAUGCCACUUGAAAGCCGUGGAGUUUUUACUGGAACACUCCGACGUGAAAUACGCAAGAGACAUAAACGGGAAAACGCCAUUCGAAAUUGCGGAGGAGCGUGGACACACGCGCUUGUUCGGUUUACUGCGUUAUGGCGACGCGCUUCUUCGUGCGGCGAGGGUCGAUAAUGUACACGCGCUGAAGAAGUGUUUGGGGGAAGGGGCGGAAGUAAAUAGAAAGGAUCAGAAUGGGUGGACCCCACUGCAUUGGGCUUCAUUCAAAGGUAGAAUAAAAAGUGUUAAGGUUUUGUUGGAACAUGGUGCUGAGGUUGAUUGUGUUGAUGAUGCUGGUUACACUCCUUUGCAUUGUGCUGCUGAAGCAGGACAUUUGCAAGUUGCUUUGGUUUUGAUUGCUCAUGGUGGAUGUCAAACUAAUCUUAAGACAUUUCAACAUGUUUCUCCAAUGGGUUCUUUUAAAAAACAUGUCUCUCUUGAUUACUAUAAUAAAAAAUCUGAGACUAUUGCUUGA